UUUUUUUAAUAAUAUUUUAUUUGUUGAUUUAAAUUGUAAAGAGUGUUUUUUAAUAUUAAAAUCAUCGUAAUGAAGUUUCGUAGCAUUUUAAUGACAGGUCUGCUAUGGCUGUACCUGUUGUUAUUUCAACAAAUAGAUGCACAUUUAGAACCUGGAUAUUUGGAUUUUGACAACUUACCAGACACAAAUUUUUCAUGUGUUGGAAAAGUGAUUGGUGGUUACUACGCAGAUUUGGAAGCAAAUUGUCAAAUGUUUCAUGUGUGCACACUAGGUCAAAUGGAGGAACCAAUGGAUAUACGUUUCUUAUGUCUGAAUGGGACUGUAUUUGAUCAGGAAACACGCGUAUGUGAGCGGGUAGAUGAAGUUGAUUGCGUCAAUUCAGAGAAAUUCUAUAGCUUGAAUUUAGAACUAUAUGGUAACACAGCACCAGCAAUUGUAGAAGCUCCUGAAACAAAAGACUCUCAACAAUCUCCUCCAACUACUGUAUCUGCAUCAACAGCGCCACCUUCCACGACGUAUGUGCAACAACAACGAGAACAACAAGAAACGACAACAAUGCCAAGUUAUCGAUCAACCAGUAUCGAACCAACUGAUUACGUGAUUCAAACGUCGAUUAAUCCAUCUGAUAGCCCGUCAAAAUCACAAAAUCAUCCUUAUAAUACGUACUCAUCAACAUUAUCUCCAAAUUUUAAUUCGCAUCAUUUUCCAGUCAAUGGAAACAUACAAGGUGAAAUUAAUUUAGAUCCAGAGACACCACCAAAACUUAAUUAUCACCCACAAUCAUCAGCGCUGCCACCUGUAUCAUAUCAAAAGAAUUCUUACAAUAAUAAUGGCGCAGUAGAAGCUCAUGUAACGGUAACAACGCAUACGACAAUCUACAAAGAUCAAAACCGUAGGCCCAGCACAACGUCUGGUCAUCGUAACAGUGGUGGGGAUGAUCGUAGUCACCAACAAAGAUACAAUGUGCCACAUCGUGACAAUCCACACCCUUUUAAAUUCCGUCCAAAUCACACAACAUUCAAUCAAGACAGAAAUCGUUUAAUAAGUACGACGGAAUCGGUACAAAGUAAUAAAUAUAAUUUCUUUAAACCAGAAAAUGAUCCAUCUGACUUACGUUAUCACUUAUUUGCUUCGUCAACAAAUCCACCUCAGUAUCUCCCACAACGUUUAUCGCUAAUUCGAAGCGCACUUACAACACCCCUGCCAACAUCUACAGAAAAUGAAAACCAUGAUAUAUAUCAAGUUCAGCAUCCGCAUGGGCAUAGUAUCCAAGAAUUUGGUUCUCCAUCUACUAUCACAAAAAGAUUGUAUGAAGAACAAGUCGAAGACGAUACCGAAGAUGAUAGUUUAGAAGAAGCUGCUGAACUUAUUAAAGAAGAAAGUCACAGUGAUGAAAGAAAAAGUGAUGACAAAGAACCACAUUUACAGUUACCAUUACCAUUAAUACCUUUCAAUCUUCCAUCACCGUUCACUUUACGAGAUCAUUACGAAACAAAACGUAGUCAACCAACAAUAAAUGAAAAUCCACAGCUGACGAAAUCAUCAUCACAAAAUCAUCCACAUCAUAGUUUACCACGUGUUAUAGUUAGCGCGAGUGCAACAAUUAGUGAUGCUAGUGGACGAAAAUUAAAUAUAACUUUAGGUACAAUAAGUCCAACUUUGGCUGAUGCAAUUGGUAAAGCACCACAAUCAUAUGACGAUUAUAAAGAAACUGAUGUUAGUUUAGAUCCAUUUUAUCAUGAUGUGCCAAAAAUUCAAGAACAUAUAACCACUUCUACAUCAAUUUCAUCAAAUAAUAAAAAUAAUAAGCAUUCGAAACGUGAAAUUAGUCAAGAUUACUUCGAUUAUUAUUAUUACGUAAAUGAUAACUAUGAGCCUGACACUUACCAUAAAUCACAAAACGGUGGUAAUAAUAAAAACAAUCCUUCGAUUACAACUACAACUACCACUCAAAGUAUUGUUGUACCGAUAAUACAGCCAUCUAGCGAAAAUCAAACAGUUGAGUCAUCUAGUGAGAACGUAACAAAACAUGAUGAUGUAGAAUUAAAAAGACGACAUUUAAAGACGGUAUUAAUGUUAGAACCGGUUAAUCAAGCAAUUGAGGAAAUUGAAAAUGUGACAAAGUCAAAGUAUGUUGAUAAUAAAAUGUUAAUUUUAAAACAUAAUAAAACUACUGAGUUUAUUAUACGUUUAUUAGAAGAAAUUUAUCCACACUUAAUUACAACUACAGCUGCACCUACAACAACGACUACAACAAGUUUACCGCCAUUAAUUAGCAACCAUUAUUUAACUAGUAUACAAUUUGAACAUCCAAAACAACAUGAGAAAAGUGUUGUAGACGAUUUAGAUUAUGAAUUUGUUGAUACAAGUAGUAAUAAUAAGAAUAUAUUUAAAUGUACAGAUCAUAUUAGUCAGUUACAUAAUUUUUUUAAGGAUACGAGUGAUUGUCGUGUAUUUCAUUAUUGUGCACCUGGCUUUCAACAAUCACAAUUAUUACAUUUAAAAUUUAUAUGUGAACCAAAUACUUACUUUGAUGAGAUAAAUAAUAUUUGUGUUAAACAAAAACCAUCACGGUGUUUUUGGUUAGGUUCAUAA